AUGACCAAGUAUCGCGUCGACUCCUUUCACGUCGCCAUCUCCCUAGGAGACUCGGCAAUCCAUCUCCUCGUUGACGUUACGGACGUCACAGCGAAGAACCCAAAGCCCAAAGUCCUCUCGGCUGUCCUGAUCGAUGGCGGAGAAGAUCAGCCGGGGAGGCACAAAGAUUCGGGAGAUACGAAGCACACAAGACAAAAGAAAAUGCCCAUCUAUACCGCAAUGCGAUGGAUUGAAGACAACUACAUCAUUGACGGCAAGGAAGUCGACAAGAUAAAGAGACUCGCGUUUGACACCAUCAUCAUCACCCACUGGGACAAGGACCACUACCAUGGAAUCGUGGAGAUACUCCAGAAUGGAGCGACGACUGAAGACAAGACAGAGCAGCUGGAUACAAUCCUAAAGUGGAACAUUGACGAGACUCCAGCAACCCAUUUCUACUGUUCGGUCAAGACGGCGUGGGAGAAGACGAAGAGCAAUAAAGCCAACGGGAUGAACAACAGUUUCCAUGUCAACGAUGCCGAUAAUACCAUCAGCAUCAAGUUCGAGAAGGACGGCGAAGAGCACUGUGCAAAGUUUGCUAAAUUUCACGCCGCCGAUAAGGGGACGGACGACGUGCUUGGAGUCGACUUCUUCAAGAACGAUGCGGCCAUCAUGCCUGGAUCCGACGGCACGCCGCUGGUGGACUUGCUGAAGGCGAAGAAACUCGAGGCUGGUCGACCAGCCAUGCUCUGUAUUGCCGCGAAUGAACGUCACUUUGCCAGCAAGACGGAGAUCAGCAAGCUGGCAAUUGACAAGCCGAUCAACAUUCUGGUCGUCAAAGACACCAGUGUCACACUCACCAACCAAGCGAGUAUCGCCUGCUUGAUUGUCUGGGAAGCUACCCCUGCUCCUCACAUUUCCCACUACUUUGCGGGAGACAUUGGGCAGAAGCACGAGUCGACAAUGUUCAACUGGCUCAAAACGGCGGGAGUAAAGAAGAUCACAAACGUGAAGCUCAGUCACCACGGAUCGCACUUCUCGACGCCCCUGGCAAUGUUCAACGACUUUCAGCCAAAGAACACCCUGGUCCCAACUCCGACCUAUGCUCUGCAUAACCAUCCAUAUAGGCCAUAUCUGACAAAGAGGUUAGCAUGGCCCGUGAUCGUGAUAUGGUUCCUCUGGGCACACUCCCUGGCUCCUCCAGCUGUUCCUCGACUAGUCGCCCUCACAUUUCCGGCAACCAUCACUUGGGUGCCUAAGUCGGAGACGGAGCCUGAGAAGGGUAGCUGGUACAACCUCAAGAAAGUCAAAUUGGACGCCCUCCAGGGCAAGAAGGAUUACAAGACCUAUGUGACGUACCACGACAAACAGUAUGAGGUCCUCAACGAAGCUCUCGUGAAGAAUGACAAGCCCAAGGUGCCAAACGAGAGACUCGUCAGAAUCGAACAAGCCGAGAAUCUACAGCGAGCAUACGUGGCAGACAGAUACGCUCAAAUCUGGAGUCUGUUGGGUUUUCCAACAACUGAAUACCACAUGGGUGGCUGUGGGAUAUACUCCGUGACGCAGGGGAAGACAGCCUACAAGUCUCUUUGCUUCGUUCGGAUCAAGUGCAGCCAGAACACGGACGAAGAUGGCGAGCUCCAGUACGUCGACCUCGGAUUGUCCCUCCUCCAUACUCCGACUCCAAUUGUCAUUGAACGCGCCAUGGUGUUGACGGCGCUCAAGACCACGGUCACGCCCUCGACGGCUGUUGCGGCAGCUAUCCCUGCAGCUCCAGGCGCUGUCUCCAGAAAAAGGAAGCUCAGCGACGUUGAUGAUGACAUGAAGGAGGAUGCAGAGAAUGACGAGGAUGACCGAGUAACUGACUACGAUCUUCUUUCUCACGCGCGCGUGCAGCCCCAGGCGUUCUUCAUACCCAAGACGACGAAUCCGGACGAAAUGGAUUCGCCUUUUGGGGAUGAAGAAGACGAAGAGAACAUCGAGGGUAUCGAAGAAUACUCUCUAAUUGAUACGUCUUCCGCUACCACUGAAGACGAGAUCUUCGAAGCACAGGCCGUCUCACUAUCUCCCAAGGUGCAGAGCGGCGGUGGUGUUGUUAACUUGAACACGAAUCCCAGUGGGAUGUGGUCCGUCUUCACCCGCAGACUAGAAGAUACCAAGAUCAAGGCUCAGGGUGUCAAUGACUAUGAGAGGCUGGACCCAGGUCUCCUCAACGAGUUUGUCUCCGAUCUCCAUUGCGGCGUCAUCUGCUUGGAGAAGCGGCCUGAAGACGAUCCUCCCCCGAAUGGCACAACGCCGUUGAGCAAGGUUGACGAGUGGGCAGCUUGGUUUUCGGACGCCCUCAACGCCAAAGGCCUGGCUGUGAUUGACGCCAAAGGACACAAGAUUGGAGGCUUUACCAUGCAAGUCUCACUUGCUCCCAUUGGAGCAGGACCAGGGUCUCCCUCCAUCACAUGGCUCAAAUUCUCGACUGAACGAUCUAUAUUGGAACUGGCUUUUGGAUUGGCAUCCGCUGCUUUCAUCUCUCCUGAGGGCUUGCUGAAACAAAAUUCAGGCUUGGUCUUCGGGUUGCAUCCGUCAACGCCAUCGGAGCCCGUCAACAUUGUCAAUAUGCUCAACUUUGCCGGGCUGGGCAGUCUGCAGAAGAAUCCGCUAAUUGCCAUGAUGGGAGCCAUGGCCCUUAAGCCGCCCUCGACCAAUGAUGAGCUGAAGAAUAAGAGAAAUGCCGUUUGGUUUGUGCCCGGCAACGACUACAGAACCUGUAUCCGUCUGGAGUGGCAGAUGGACGAGACGUCUCGCGAAGAGCUGAACUCAAUCUUCGAGCCACUGCAACUGACUCUGGGUGAAACCACAGUUGUCACCCGCAGAAGCACCUGGUGGACGACAAGCGGGACAGAGUCGAAGCUCAUAUCCAGGGGAGACCUCGUCAUUCAUACGAACAUCGAUCUGGAAGGAAUCAAGCUGGAAGGUCUUUUUGAGUUCAAUGAGACAGCCUCCACCUUUACCAUGACAUUGAACACCAAGGACACUUCCGCUCUGGUGAAGCUGUUGACCUGGGUCAGCAAGCUACUGGAUAUUGAUGUUGGCCAAUUUGACUUUACUUCCCUUGAGAAUCAGUCUGUCGGUUCUUUUAGCCUAGGAGAGUUUCAUUUUCGACGCAUUACCGUCGGCUUGACCAAAGACGAAGGGAAAGGCAAGGCGAAGAUGUCAACCUUUCGUAUUGAUAUGGAAGUCGAGCUGGACCUGUCCAGCUCCGGCCCAACAUUGUUUCUUGUCACCUAUUCUUACAAGAAAGAGGAUGGAAGCUCCAUCAGCGCAAAGAUCUGGACUGCACCACCCGCAAUGCCCGCCUUGAAUCAAUGGCGUUUGCUCCCGGAGUGGGAGAAUUACUACGAAAUGUCUCCAAUCUCCAUCGAUGUGUCCAAGUGGCAACCGACUCUCGAUCUCGCAGCAAUGGCUGACAUUGACGACGCCCCGAGCUUCCUGCCCACACAGGUGACCAUGGCAGAGUUCCAGGCAGAUAAGUCAGGAAUAUCAUUCACGGGUGCUAUGCAGCCAAAGCCCCAAAAGGGAGAUAAAGUACCCAUUUUCAGUAUCGGGGAGAUAUUCCUCUAUGUGGGAUAUGAAUGGGGAGGGAAGAAGUCAACCGUGCCGUCAAAGGCUCUUGCUACAGCCAAAUCAGCUGGCAAAUUCACCGGUGUCUUUCUGAUCAAGGCACUCAUCCAGCAGCCGAAGGGGGCAAAGUACGGUUGGCCUACUCAACUAGUAGGCCAGGUCGUCUAUACCACAGACAACGGUUGGGUGCUCUCGGGAUCCAUCUACGAUCUGUAUGCAUCCACGCUUGCACAAUUCUUUGAUUCCGACUUGAGCGGGACAGCUUUGAGCAUUCUGGAGACGAUCAAAGUCCAGGAACUGAACAUCAACUACACGUAUCAGAAAAAGGCGGCAUCUUCGUUCGACAUUGAUGGAAUUCUUGUCCUUGGCCCUUUCAAGCUCUCGCUCAAGUUUACAAACGAUGGAAAAGUCUGGGACUUUGAGGCCAAGGUCAACACCGAUCAAAACAAGGAUAUCACCUCAACGGUCGGCGAGAUUAUUCGUAGCAUUGCCGAUACAGAUCUCAAUCUUCCAGAGUUCCUGACCAACAUCGAGAUUGGGCUGAAGAAGGAAGAUUAUCUCGAGCUGAUCAUGAAAAAAGUUCAACUAGGCACCUCUGACAAGUAUGUCAUGGUCGUACUCAUCACUGCGAGAUUGAGCGGCCUCAUCUUUCAAUACCUCCAGUUCCGCGAGAUUGUUGACGAGGGUGUCAAGGCGCCCCCCGUCAAGCGAUUUCUCAGCGCAUCAGUUGGUGAGCUUGUGGACGCUGCUCUCCCCAUGAUUGGCAAGAUCCCGCAGCCGUUUGACGACAUUCUGUUCUUGUGGGUUCAGGGCCAGGGACAAGCCCAGCCUGAAAAGGACGGAAUCACCAAGAUCCAGCUGGAAUCCAUCAACAAGGUCCUAGUCGAUAUGGAGAAGAAGCCUAUGCCUUACAAGACGGUUUCCAAGUCGCCACCCGGCGAUGGAGAUGUAGUACUGACGAGAGGAAUGCAUUUUAUGGUCCUGCGGAAGAAAGGAGACAGCCAGUCCGAAGUCAUACUCGACUACGCCUUUGAAAAGACCAAGGCUCAGCCGCCAGCUGGCAACGAGCUGGUCCUGGCAAAGGACGCCGAGGAAGUGGAAGACAAGGGCGCCGCCAUGGCACCGUAUCAGACCAGAAAGGGCCCCCUCUCAAUCAAGAACAUCGGGCUCAAGUACUCGACUGGCUCGAGUGGCAAAGAAUCCAUUGUCUCUAUUCGACUUGAUGCAUCAGUGACCAUUGGUCCUGUCGAGUUUGGCGUCAUGGGGCUGGCCCUCAACCUGAAUUUUGCAGGCUCGAAGGACCUGAGCUUACACAAUCUGCCCAAGCCCAAUGUCACUCUUGAAGGCAUUGCAGCCGGCUUCAAUCGCCCUCCAAUCACUAUUGCAGGUGGCCUUCUGUACCACAAUGACAAUGAAAGGAUGUAUUAUGCCGGAGCUAUCCAGGUCGGCUACACUCCUUGGCUCUUCCAAGCCGCCGGUUAUUACGGCAAGAUCAAGAAGCCCAAGGAGUUUGAGACGAUAUUCCUGUUCUGUGUCCUAAAAGGGCCACUGAUUACCCUUGAGUUUGUUUCCAUCGAGGGAGUGACUGGAGGUUUUGGCUACAAUUCCAACUUGAAGUUCCCCACGGCUCACAACGUUCUCCAAUUCCCGUUGAUCACGGGUGAUGCAACAGACCCUGAUCCCAAUGAUGGGCCAUUCGAGAUUAUGAAUCAGCUGCUGGGUACUUCGUGGUUCUUCCCGGAAGAAGGAUCGUUUUGGGUCGCCGCAGGAUUGACCGUCAAGGCCUUUGAGAUCCUGUCAGUUGAAGCGGUCAUCGUCAUCCAGUGGAACCCGUACGUUCAGCUGGGCAUCUUUGGUCUUGCCACCGCCAGCAUCCCAGGAGGCGCCUCCAAGGUCAAGUUUGCCCAUGUCCAGCUUGGGAUUGUUGCCUCAUUGAACUUUGAAACCGGAGUCCUGAAGAUUGAAGGGGAGCUCACGCCUGCUUCUUACAUCUUGGAUCCCAACUGCCACUUGACGGGCGGGUUUGCCUUGUAUAGUUGGUUCGACAGCAAAGACGAAGCUCUCCGCGGCGACUGGGUCUUUACCAUCGGCGGCUAUCAUCCAUCUUUCAGCAGGCCGCCCGGCUAUCCAGAAGUGCCGCGCUUGGGCAUAUCGUGGCAGUUUGGCGGUGCCAUCAGCAUCAGUGGAAAAGCAUACUUUGCCAUCACCCCCAAGGUCUGCAUGGGUGGCGGCCGUCUGGACGUGGCACUAUCUCUGGACCCUCUCUAUGCGUACUUCAACGCCUUUGUUGAUUUCUUAAUCAACUUCAAGCCCUUCUACUUCAUUGCCGAAGGAGGCCUUACUGUUGGCGUCAAGUUUACGCUCGAUCUCUGGCUCGUGACGGUCAACAUCAACAUUGAGAUCUCUGCAAGGCUGUACAUCAAGGGGCCUCCUAUCCAAGGUCGUGUGCACGUCGAUUUCUGGGUAUUCGGCUUCGACAUUGACUUUGGCGCCUCAAAGGUUGAUCAGCCUCCGCCAUUGCCUCUUGAUGAGUUUAUUGCGGUUGUAUGUCAAGCAAAGAAUGCUGGAAUAGCAUCCAUGAUGAUUGAAUCAGCUCUCGGCCUGGCUGACGACCAAGAGGAAGCCUCCAACAGCCCAUACGCAUUCGUGUUUGCUGUUGAAGAGGGUCUCAUUCCAAAAGACGACGUAAAGUCUAAGCCCAGCGGCGAUAUGUGGAAUGUCCGAGCGGCUACCUUUGAGUUUUCUGUCAACUGCAAGUUUGCCGUUGAGUCUGCAAAGGUAGAGACCAGAUCCCCGUAUGGCAAGCUUCUGAAGACAGACGAUGUUCGGGGCACCGGAAACCCGAUUUAUGCAAAGCCAAUGCAUACCGACCAACCCAUUUCCUCUGUUUUGACCAUAUCGAUCAAAGCAAACAAGGAUGUUGGUCUGGCGGAGAAUAUCACAGAGCCCGUUUGGACGAUUAACGAGAGUAUCUGCAAAGAUGUUCCGCUUGCCCUCUGGGGACAAUACAACCGCUCAGAUGAUCCCAGUUAUAACAGAAACCCGCAGAGCAUGCUCAACGGCACAAAGGGCAAGUCGGUGUACCUCAUGAUGGGAGUCCACCUUACCAGGCCUCUGCCACUACUAUCGCUCGACAAGACGGUGCCAUACGACGUCGUCAAGUUCCAAAUCUCGACACUCGACAACAAUGACCACAUUGCAAUGCCAGAUGAGCCCACAAAGGCAUUCUCGCCCAUACCUGCCCUUGAAGAAGGGCAAUGGGACGCCGUUCAGGAGAAGUGGGACAAGCCUCUGGCGGGCGAGGAUGCGGCCGAGCAGACAGUCAACCUUUGGGCUGCAUUGGGCUUGGGACAGCUGGGGUGGUCCAAGAAGAACGUGUAUGCGGAAAAGGCGGUCUUGACGGGUGCGAAGCCACGGAGGGUCAUUGACAACAUUGCAAAGUACUACCUCUGGAGCCCGGUGCUCAGCGGCGUAUAG